UCACAUGAAGACGUGGGUCAUCCGGGGAGGGCUCUCCGAGGGAGGCCAGCUCCUGCCGGGGGCCGCACAGCCGCUCACAUAAGGGCUGCCCGGCCCUCGGGCUCCCACCAGGGCCGCCGGGUCCGGGCCUCCCCGGAAGGCCAGCGCUCCUCAGCCGCUCUCUGUCCCGUCGCGCUCCUGCCCUGGGUCGCAGGUAAGCGGAGGAUGCUGUCGUCUCCUGAUGUGAUGGCAUGCUCACGGACCUGCUCUUGCAUCCUGGGGCUGAGCCUUGGGACUACUGCCCUGUGUGCUGCUGGAACCAACAUGGUGCUUCUCUUUCCUAACUGGGAUGUGACCUACCUGUUGAGGGGCCUCAUUGGCAAGCAUGCCAUGCUGGGCUCUGGGCUCUGGGGAGGAGGCCUCAUGGUACUCACUGCAGCUACCCUCAUCUCCUUGAUGGGCUGGAGAUAUGGCUGCUUCAGUAAGAGUUGGCCCUGCCGAAGUAUACUCACUGCUCUGCUGUCCAGUGGCCUGGCUUCUCUUGGAGCCUUGAUUUGCUUUAUCACUUCCGGUGUAGCCCUGAAAGAUGGUCCAUUUUGCAUGUUUGAUGGCUCACCCUUCAAUCAAACGCAAGCUUGGAAAUACGGUUACCCAUUCCAAGACUUGCAUAACAGGAAUUAUUUGUAUGAUCAUUCACUCUGGAACUCUGUCUGCCUGGAGCCUUCUAAAGCAGUCAUUUGGCACGUGUCCUUCUUCUCCACCCUUCUAUGCAUCAGCCUCCUCCAGAUUCUCCUGGUGGUCAUUCAUUUGAUCAACAGCUUCCUGGGCCUUUUCUACAGCCUCUGUGAGAAGUGAUAGGUAAUGCCCUCUCCUGUGUGAGAGUUUUACUCAGAAGCUGCCUUGAAUCCUUUCUGCAGUAUGGAUUAUAAACAAACUUUCCUUUUAGGUAUUCCUGUAGUAAUAAUAACAGUAACAGUAAUUCCUUGUACAUCUGUUGAAGGAUACAUACGUUUUAAGUCACAUUGUAAACUGCAAGAUGAUAUAGUUGUAGAAGGAAUAAUUAAAUCAUUACCAGGUGCAGGAAUUUAUAGUUCACAAAAUGUCCUCCAGCCACGGUCUCAUUUCAGCCUCUCAACGACUCCAUAAAACUGGCCACAUGUCACAGAAGUUGAGGUUUGGAGAGCAUAAUGGAUUUGCUGCCUAAAAGCACUCAACUGGGUUCAGAGAAAGUCAGUACCUGAGCUCUUAUCUUCUAAAUUCAAGUUCAACCAGUUGUUAUGGAUGGAGUUUUGUGUCCUUAAAACUCAUAGGUUGAGGCCCUACCCCUCAAUGUGACUCUAUUUGUAGAGAGAACCUUUAAGAACCUAAUUAAGGUUAAACGAGGUCAUAAAGGUAGGGCCCUAAUCCAGCAGGACAGGCAUCCUUGUGGGAAGAGGAUGAGAUACUCUCUCUCCACACAAGCACAGAAGACAAGGCCACAUGAGGAAGCAGCCAGAAGGUGGCCACCUGCAAGCCAAGGGUGGGAGCCGCAGUAGAAACUAGCUUUGUUGGUACCUUCAUGUUGGGACUUCCAGCAUCCAGAAAAUAAAGAUCUGUUGUUUGAGUCA